UCAGGGAGGGUAGUUUGGUGGAUUGGAAAAAAGUCAGUUUGUAGUAGACUCCGGAAUCAGGUGAAGCAUGCAGGCUGUAACGGUCCUGUGCACGUGCCUGUUGCUGACUUUGGUCAACGCCGAGCUGCUGAAGAAUGGAGACUUUGAGGCUGGCACCGCCUCCUGGAACCAGUGCUGGGGCUUCGUCUGUAAACUGACUGCAUCACAUGAUACCCGCUUUGGUAAACAGUAUCUGAGUGUAACCAACAGGACGGCGAGUUGGAUGGGUCCAGGCCAGGGCAUCCAGGUGACCCCCGGCAAGGACUACCGCGUGCAGAGCUACAUCAAGAUCCUCAACGACCUUCCCGGUAAACUGGGGCAGAGGAUCGAGCUGGAGGUCAGCUUUGACUUUCCAGACGGCACCAAGAACUACGUUAACGCAGCUGUGCGGCCACUGGCCCGGACAUCAGACGGCUGGUUUCUACUCCGCGGCGACUUCCAAGCUCCCAGCAAACGAGUUGCCAGCACGACCUUCUAUUUUCAAGGCCCUGAUCCAGGUGUGGGGUUCGCUGUCGACCAGGCCUCGGUCACAGAAAUAACCUCUGACCCCAACUGGCGGGCGAAGACAGACGACGUCAUCAACAGACUCCGCAAGAGCGACAUCAACGUGCAGGUGACAGCUGCGAGUGGUGUCUCACCUGCAGAUGUUAAAAUACAGAUCGUACAAACCCGCAAGUCCUAUCCAUUCGGCAUGGGUGGCUUGAGCUCGUGGAAGUACGUGGAUCCCGCCGAAGACGCGUAUAGAGACUGGGUGCACAAGCACUUCAACUGGGCCACACCCGGGAACAUGCUCAAGUGGCGGCAGUUGGACUGGCAUUCUUCAGGGGAUUCCGUUCCACGUAUUCUACAAACUCUUAAAGGACUGAAGAGCCAUAACAUCAAGGUUCGUGCUCACAACAUGGUGUGGUCUGUGUCCGACUUCAUCCCUCUCUCCAUUAAGGCGCUCAGUGGCGACGCGCUGCGUAAAGCCGUGCAGCAACACAUCACCUACACCUGCAACCUCACCCGCGGCCUGGUGGAACACUGGGAUGUCAACAACGAAAACCUACAUGGACAGUGGUUCCAGGAGGUCCAAGACAUAGACUAUGACCUGGAACUUUUCCGCAUGGUUCACGCUGCUGACCCGGAUGUUAAACUUUUUCUCAACGACUACAACGUGGUUGCUCAAGGCGCAGCUACUGAUGCCUUCUUGGCUCAGGGUCUGAAGUUCAAAGCCGCUAACGUCGGUUUGUACGGCAUGGGAGUCCAAGUACACUUCCUGAAAGGCCAGGAGCCAAGCCCCACUCUAGUGAAGGAGCGCCUGGACACCCUGGCAAAGGUAGGUGUACCCCUGUGGGUGACGGAGCUCAGCGCUCAGGACGAUGACCCCAACCGUGAAGCUGACUUUUACGAACGUGGCCUGCGCGCCCUGUAUGGACACCCGGCUGUGGAGGGCAUCGUGUUCUGGGAGUUCGAGGGCUACAAAGAGGCCGCUGAUGGUACUAAGCAGUUGACCCCAUCAGCUGUGCGCGUGCUGGACCUGCUGGAGAAGCAGUGGAUGACCAACGACACCCGGCCGCUCGCCGCCGCCUCCUCCCAGUACACAGUUCGCGGUUUCCAUGGUGACUACGAGCUGCGCGUGGUGUACAAAGGUCAGGAACUGACCAACCUGCGCAGACUUUCACCUUGGGCACCGAUGCCAAGAAUGUCUCUGUCAAUGUGCAAGCAUAGUACACACGCGUUUGACUGUAACAUCUGAAAAAAAUAUUA